GUGCGCUUAGUUUAACAUGAGUUUCUUACUUUAUGGUAGAUGGAAAAAAAAAUGGAAAACAUGAAAAACGAGGGCAAAAAUACAGAGCUAGAGGAUAUCCGUCUCGUAGUACAGGAUGCUGCCCAAACUUUGACUGGUCUGAAUACAAGCGUAAAUGAGAGGUUUCUGCAUUUUCAACAAAGAAUCAUGCAACUGGAUCAAAAGGUGAAAAAUACUACUGGCAGCACGAGCAUCAGAGGACCACCUGGAGUCAAUGGUACUAAUGGUGACACUGGACCUGCCGGACCUGAAGGACCUCCAGGAUAUAAUGGUACAAAGGGUGACAUUGGACUUGCCGGACCUCCCGGACCUCCAGGAUUUAAUGGCACUCAGGGCCCUGCAGGACGAUCUGGACUACCUGGUGUUCAGGGUCUCCGUGGACCAUCUGGGUUCAAUGGUACCCAGGGUCCACCUGGACCUGGGACCAGUUCCUGUGUUUUUAAGACUUUAUCCAGCACUGGUAUGGCAGUAAAUUCGAUCGCCCAACAAGAAAUUGUAGCGACGGAACAAAAUGGUAAAAUCUUUAUUGGCGCAAACUGUGAUACAAACGACGCGAAAGUUGCUCAAUUAUCAAGCACCAUUUCAGCUGGAAAGAGAACCUACAAGUGUUCUUGCUAUGGUACCCUAACAACUGGAGAACAAACGAUGUAUUGCUACAUGCACCACUGGGAGUGUCAGAUGUAAGGGGGAAAACGAAAAGUUAUUUGAUCAACAGGAGUCUUUUAUAAAUCAGAAACGAGACGAAGAACAAUUAAGUAGUUUAACGUAAAUAUCUUUUUUUAAAUAUGCCCAGUCAACUGGGUUUUCUCUCAGAAAGCAUUUCAGUUGAGUGUUGUAAAACCAAAAUCAAAGUAAAAUAAAAGUAAGGAGUAUAAUCA